AUGGAGAAGAUCUCACUGACCACAGAAGGUCAGGAGCUGGGAGACGUUCCCACUGACUCCACCCUGACCUCAAAGAUGGAGCAGCAGGAGAAGAAACUGAUGAAGAUCCAGAAGUUACACCAAAGUCUGCAGCAGGAGAUCCAGGUCGUUCGCACGGCUUUGAACCAACACAUCUCUGCUCGAGAAAGUCUAGGGCGAGAGUUUAAAGCCAGAGAAAGUGAACGCAAGAGGAUUGAGAUGUUAGAACUCCAACUGCAGGAGUUUGAAGACUUGAAGAAGCAGCAUUCUUGGACUGUGGAGAGAAACCUCAGUCUGGAGAAGGAGAAGAAGGAGCACUUUGAGCAGAUGGAGUUUGUUCAAAAGUGUUUGGACGAACAGGUCGCAGCUUCCCAGACUCUAGAACAAAAGCUAACUGAGAAGGAACGUGAAUGCAAGGAGGUCGAGGUCCUCAAACGCCAACUGCAGCAGUUUGAAGAGGUCAAAGAGCAGUAUUCUUGGUCUCUGAAGAGAAAUGAAAGUCUGGAGAAAGAGCUGGAACAAGCCAAAGAACUGUUAGAGAGAAACGAGACUGAACAUAGAGAGGUUUGUGAGAAAACGACUGAGAUGUUAGAACUCCAACUGCAGGAGUUUGAAGACCUGAAGAAGCAGCAUUCUUGGACUGUGGAGAGAAACCUCAGUCUGGAGAAGGAGAAGAAGGAGCACUUUGAGCAGAUGGAGUUUGCGACUGAGCUGCAGCUUCUCCAGAAGGAAGUGUUGGAGGAAAACUUGGAGGAGAUGGAGUUUGUAAAGAAGUGUUUAGAAGAAUACGUCUCAGCUUGCAAAAAAUUAGAAAAAGUGAAGGUGAAGGAAAGUGAUUGCAAGGAGGUCGAGGUCCUCAAACGCCAACUGCAGGAGUUUGAAGAGGUCAAAGAGCAGUAUUCUUGGUCUCUGAAGAGAAAUGAAAGUCUGGAGGAAGAGUUGGAACAAGCGAAGCAAAGUUUGGCCAGAAACGAGACUGAACGUAAAGAGACGUGUGAGAAACUGACUGAGCUGCAGCAGCGACAGAAGAAAGUGCUCACAAAGAGCUUUGAGGAGCUAAGGUCUGUAAAGCAGAGUUUGGAAAAACAAGUCUCUGCUCGCAAAACCUUAGAACAAGAACUUAGAGAAAAGGAAAGUGAAUGCAAGAAGAUUGAGGUCCUCGAACGCCAACUGCAGGAGUUUGAAGACAUGAAGGAGGAGUAUUCUUGGUUCGCCGACCGAAGCCUAAGUCUGGAGACAGAGUUCGAACAGACUAAACAGAACUUGGUAAACACUGAGCUCGACCUGAAGGAAGAACGUAGAAAACGGGAGAUAGAAAGUGAGAAGUGGGAGAUGGAGACCAGAGAGUUGGAGAGAGAGCUUCAGCUUUGCCAGAGUCGUCUUAAACAGAUGGGAACAGACAGAGCGAUCCAAAACAAGCCAUCCACCUGCGAAACACAGACACAGACUGUCACGAUGCAGCAGCUGGACUGGAUAGAAACGGAAAACAUGGAAGAAGAACGUCACAGUUUGGAGAAGUCUCUGCACGACAAAGAGGUGGAGUUUGAGAGUGAGCGGAGAAAGCUCAAAGAGGAACUGGAACAAGCCCACGACAAACUGAAACAGCAGAAGAUUUCACAGAAGACGUUCUUACAGGAGCACCUGGAGGAACUCAGGGUUUUCAACAAGUUCUUAGAGGAGGAAGUGGCUGUUCGCAAGAGUUUGGAGAAACAAAUAGAGACUUCUAACCAGAGAAAGACGUGCACGUGUGAAAUGCAGACGCAAACUGUGGAGCAGACUAAGCUUAAAAUAAGUGAGGAUUUAGACACGAGAGAAACCAGUAAAGACCAACCUUUAGACACCAGAGAAACCAGUGAAGACCAACCUUUAGACACCAGAGAAACCAGUGAAGACCAACCUGCUUUGAAGGAAGAAUGCAGAGGGCUCCAAGGAAAUCUAAAAAAUCUGACACAAUUAUUUGAGGAGAAAGAGGAGCAGGACAUGCAGAAGCAGGGAUCCUGUCUGAAGAGGGACAGGGUGAAGGGGAAGAACGUUGCAGCUCUCAUGAAAAUGUUUGAGCAACUGAAGUCCCUGCAGGUGUUCAGUCCAGAGGAAAACCAGAAGCAGCCGUCUGAAGGCUUCAUCGUGGCCAGUGCUCUCAUCGACGUCUCUCAGCAGAAAGCCUCGGACUUUAAAGACAAGUCCCUGGCGUUCAAAAACAGGAAAGCGCUGGCUCCGACACACCAGGGCACCUGCGUCUGA